AGAUGUGCCCGAAGGUUAUGCUUCACAAAACAUUUCUAACUGGUGUUACACGAACACGGCUACUCUCGAGUAUCUCGGAUUCUAAUUGGUGAACAGUGUUGCCUUUCUGCCUAUCGACAGAAGUUUUAUUUGACAGACUUUUAUAUUUUUGGGAACGCGUGUUCAAGACCCCAGUUUGAGAGCUCGAGGACCAGUCCCUUAACGGGUCUGUGUUGCCGUGGCCACGGUCUUCCUGGAGGUCGACUCUGAAGCUGGGAUCCUCAGCUCAAGCUCAGUGAAGUUGGAUGGAGGGCGUUUGUGAAACGCAGUCUUCAGCUCUGCCCACAGAUUCUCGAUUGGAUUCAGGUUUCCGGUUCUGCAAUACACUGUGGCACAAUGGGCGUAUUGUCUACACUGAUAAGAGGCCUUACAAGGGGAGCAGACAGAAUGUCGGAAUUCAUUAGCAAGCGAGGUUCGAGGAGUCAUAAUAAAGGCAGAGGUUCAAGACCUGCUGGAGUGAAUCUCCCCAGCAGAAAGUUUCUGGCAAUAAAGGCCAUGAUUCCUGAGUUUGUGGUACCUAAUCUGGACGGCUUUAAACUCAAACCGUAUGUGUCGUACCGCACCCCAAAAGGAAUCGAGCCACCAGUGACUGCAGAGAGUUUGUUUGCCGAGGUGGUGGCUCCUCACAUCAAGAAAGACUUCAAUGAAGGGAUUUAUGACAAUGUGCAACUGGAGAAAUACGGAUUUGAACCAACACAGGAAGAAAAGUUGUUUAAAUUAUACCCUAAGAACUACGUGCGUUGAAGUCAACUUAAUCUCUGUGAUAUAUCUAUUUUCAAAAGAAGGACUACUACUCGUUACUGUGUAUGUGGACCAUUUGCAGUCAGGCCAUGCUGCAAAUGGGGCUUGAACCUUUCUACAGUAUACCUUUUCCAUCUCAAUGAAAUACAGUAAAACCAAACUGAAUGAAGCCUGCAUUUCGCACUCGAGGUGUCCUUCUAUGUGUAAUCUUCAUACAUGUACGUCACUGAGGAAAUGUAAAAAUGGUCUCUGUACUCGUCACUGUACUUAAAUGUCAAUUUGUAAGUUAGUUCCAGGCUAUGACAUCAGCACUUGACUGAUGUGGGGUACGUAUCCUCCAAUUAAAGCGUCCUUGGAAACAUCA